AUGGCUGCAGAAAGCAACGGCAAUGGAACUAUGGAAUCUCAUUUCAAGCUUCCUCAAAUAAAGUUCACCAAGCUCUUCAUCAAUGGACACUUUGUUGACUCUGUUUCAGGAAGGACAUUUGAGACGAUUGACCCAAGAACAGGGGAUGUGAUUGCGAACAUUGCAGAAGGAGAUAAGGAAGAUGUUGAUUUGGCUGUUCAAGCUGCCCGCCAAGCCUUUGACAACGGCCCAUGGCCUCGUCUUCCCGGCGCCGAGAGGGGAAGGAUACUCUUGAAGUUUGCAGACCUGAUUGAUGAACAUACGGAAGAAUUAGCCAUGUUGGAUGCCAUUGAUGCCGGAAAAUUACUUCACCUGGCCAAGUUUCUGGAUAUUCCCGAAACUGCAGAAAAUCUUCGAUAUUAUGCCGGUGCAGCGGAUAAAAUUCAUGGGGAAACGCUCAAAAUGUCACGGGAGCUACAAGGAUACACACUGAAAGAACCCAUUGGUGUUGUAGGACACAUUAUUCCCAGGAACUUCCCCAGUACUAUGUUUUCCAUGAAAGUUGGCCCUGCUUUAGCCGCUGGUUGUACCAUGAUUGUCAAGCCUGCCGAACAGACCCCGCUUUCGGCUCUUUAUUAUGCUCAUUUAGCUAAGCUGGCAGGAAUCCCUGAUGGAGUUCUUAAUGUUGUACCGGGAUUUGGGCACACAGCUGGUGCUGCACUCAGCUCACAUAUGGAUGUUGAUAUGAUAAGUUUUACAGGUUCUACUGAGGUGGGAAGCCUCAUAAUGCAGGCUGCGGCGAAAAGUAAUUUGAAACCUGUGUGUUUAGAAUUGGGAGGAAAGUCACCUUUUAUAAUUUUCGACGAUGCAGAUGUUGACAAAGUUGCAGAUCUAGCCCUACAGGGGUGCUAUUUCAACAAGGGAGAAAUUUGUGUGGCCGGAUCUCGUGUGUUUGUUCAAGAAGGGAUCUAUGACAAGUUUUUGCUAAAGUUGAAAGAGAAAGUCGAGAAUUGGGUGGUUGGAGAUCCUUUCGAACCGACUUCUCAUUAUGGACCUCAAGUUGACAAGAAGCAAUACGAGAGAGUACUUUCUUACAUCGACAAGGGCAACAAGGAAGGGGCUACUUUAUUCCAUGGUGGUAAGGCUCUUGAAAGAAAGGGUUACUACAUUGAGCCUACAAUAUUCAUCGAUGUCACGGAUGAUAUGACAAUCGCGAAGGAAGAAAUUUUUGGCCCCAUCAUGUCGGUACUCAAAUUCAAGACGAUAGACGAGGUGAUUAAGAGGGCAAACGCAACUAAAUAUGGGCUAGCCGCCGGCAUAAUGACUAAUGACUUAAACACUGCCAACACAGUUUCAAGAUCGAUUCGGGCUGGCGCAAUUUGGAUAAACUGUUAUUUCGGUUUUGACAAAGACAUCCCUUAUGGAGGCUAUAAAAUGAGUGGCUUUGGCAGAGACAUGGGGAUUGAUGGCCUCGUGAAAUACCUCCAGGUUAAAUCGGUUGUCACACCUAUUUACAAUUCACCUUGGCUUUAA